GCCGCGAAUAGAGAAACGAGCUGCUGGAGAGGUAAACAGAUUCCGCUGUCAUUCAUUCAAACAACGCGAGCUGAUAUGAUGGAUAUUCUUAGCUCCUCUGUGUGGAAAUGUUGUGACAGGAUACAUCACCGCUAGUCAUACUCUGUCUUUCGAGAAUGGUCGUUGUUUACGGUCUCAGUUUUUCACAUGCCAGUAAUCCGGUUAGAAGAGAUGUAUUUUUAGAGCUGUCCACGGCUGCUAGACAACUAGCCAAGCUCGUUGCGCCGUAGGAGAGCUGCCGACCUUGACCAGAUGGAUAUCACGAGGCUCGCUGUGGACGCGGGCGCGUUUAUCAACCGAGCUGUUCAGUAUACGGAGGAAGCUCUGGGACAGGCUGAGAAGACAGAGUUGGACAGCCGGUUGGGGAGUCUCCUGGACAGAGCAGAGUCCACUAAGACCUGGACUGACAAAAUCAUCUCACAGACUGAGACUUUAUUGCAGCCUAACCCUGGAGCUCGUUUAGAGGACUUGUUGUUUAAGGGUCUGGAUUGGAGCGCCCCUGAGAGGCCAACCCCUCACGAGCUGCUGAGUGAAAACAUGAUGGACGCUGCUCUGGAACUGGGGAGACACACACCCUACGGUAGUACUCUGAUUAAGUGUGGGGAGUUGGAGAGGCAGAUCGGGUUGGCGAACAAGAAGCUGAUCCAGAGUACAGACAUCAACUUCCUGUCUCCUCUACGGAGGUUUACUGACCAGGAAUACACAGUCAUACAGAAUGAGCGCAGACAGCUGGUGAAUAAGCGGUUAGAUCUGGACAUUGCGAAGGCCAGACUGAGAAAGGCACAGGAAGCAGACAGCGAGGCCCGGGGUCUAAAUGCUAACCCAUUAGGAGAGGAGUAUGUAGCUCAUGUCUCCUACAUGUUCAGCUUCCUACGAGUCAGAUGGCUGAAGAUGUGGGCCCAGGAAGUCUCUCAGGCAGAGAUGGAGCUGAGGAUCUCUCAGUGUGUGUUUGACCGACAGUCAGAGAUCACCAGACUACUGCUGGAGGGAAUCAACACUACACAUGCUGCCCAUUUGAGAAGCCUGUCUGACUUUGUAGAAGCCCAGGGUAGCUACUACGCUCAGUGUUACCAGCUCACACAGGACCUACACACCCAACUGGCCUGCGCUCCCCCUCUGAUCUGCUACAAUAACAACGGGCACUUAGAAACUAACCAACCCUCAACAGGUAACCUGCCCUUAGCAACCAUUCAGCCCCUAGCAACCAGUGACUCUGCAACAACCAACCAGGCAACUAGCCAACCCUUAACAACCACCCAGCCCUUAGCAACAUGUGAGUCUUUGACAACCAUCCAGGCAACUAGCCAACCCCUAUCAACCAACCAGACAAACAGCCAACCCUUAGCAACCAACCAGACAGCCAAUGAGUCCUCAAAAACCAACAAGUCCUCGACAACCAAUAAGUCCUUGACAAACAACCAGACAAGCAGACAACUCUUAGCAACCACUGGAUCCUCUACAACCAACCAGGCUUUGUCAAUCAUCCAGACAAACAGCCAAGCCCUACAAACCAACCAGGCAACCAGCCAACCCCUACAAACCAACCAGGCAACCAGCCAACCCCUACAAACCAACCAGGCAACCAGCCAACCCCUACAAACCAACCAGGCAAUCCGCCAACCCCUACAAACCAACCAGGCAACCAGCCAACCCCUACAAACCAACCAGGCAACCAGCCAACCCCUACAAACCAACCAGGCAACCAGCCAACCUCUGCAAACCAACCAGGCAACCAGCCAACCCCGGCAAACCAACCAGGCAACCAGCCAACCUCUAGGAACCAACCAGGCAACCAGCCAACCUCUACAAACCAACCAGGAAACCAGACAACCCCUACAAACCAACCAGGCAACAAACCAACCUCUAGCAACCAACCAGGCAACCAGCCAACCUCUACAAACCAACCAGGCAACCAGACAACCCCUACAAACCAACCCGGCAACCAGCCAACCUCUAGGAACCAACCAGGCAACCAGCCAACCCCUACAAACCAACCAGGCAACCAGCCAACCCCUACAAACCAACCAGACAACCAGCCAACCUCUAGGAACCAACCAGGCAACCAGUCAACCUCUACAAACCAACCAGGCAACUAGACAACCCCUACAAACCAACCCGGCAACCAGCCAACCUCUAGGAACCAACCAGGCAACCAGCCAAUCCCUACAAACCAUCCAGGCAACCAAUGAGUCCCCAACAACCAAUGUGUUCUCAACAACUAAUGAGUCCUCGACCACCAACCAGGUAACUAACCAGCCAAACAGCCAGCCCUUAGCAACCAAUGAGUCGUCAACAAACAACGAGAACUCGACAAACAACCAGGCAACCAGCCAGCCCUUGAAAACCAACCAGGCAACCAGACAACCCCUACAAACCAACCAGGCAACCAAUGAGUCCCCAACAACCAAUGUGUCCUCAUCAACCAACCAGGCAACAAACCAACCCUUGAAAACCAACCAGGAACUCAUCGAACCCUUAGCAACCAAUGAGUCAUCAACCACCAACCAACCCAUACAAACCAACCAGGCAACAGACAGCCCUUGACAAGCAACCAGGAAACUGGUGCACUUAUGCGGCUAUAUUGAAGCAACAUACAAACCUGACUCAGUUACACCAGCUCUGUCAGGAGGAAUGGGCCAAAAUUCACCCAACUUAUUGUGGGAAGCUUGUGGAAGGCUACCUGAAAUGUUUGACCCAAGUUAAACAAUUUAAAGGCAAUGCUACCAAAUAUUAAUGUAAACUUCUGACCCACUGGAAAUCAUUUUUAAAAGCUGAAACAAAUCAGCUACUAUUAUUCUGACAUUUCACAUUCUUAAAAUAAAGUGGUGACCCUAACUGACCUAAAACAGGGAUUUUUUUACUAGGAUUAAAUGUCAGGAAUGGUGAAAAACUGAGUUUAAAAGUAUUUGGCUGUGUAUGUAAACUAAAUGUGUAUGUAAACUUCCGACUUCAACUGUAUCUAUUGGAGCAUCCAUGUACUCUUUAAUUGAGUUAUGUAUCCAGGCCUAAAUGUAUGUAUAUGGUGGUGAUCUAUGUGGAGGUUAUCUAGAUGUAUAUGCAUGUAGGUUGCUGUAUAUGGUGGUGAUCUAUGUGAGGUUAUCUAGAUGUAUAUGCAUGUAGGUUACUGUAUAUGCUGGUAUAGAUCUAUAUGGUUGGUAUAUGUCUAUUUGGAGACUUAGAAAUGGAGGAACACUGACAGCUGUGUUUACAUUAUGUAUUGUGUCAUCUGAAAACAGUUUGUGUGAUCAAGAGAGGUGACAUUUUGUUGCAUAUGGAAUACGUGUGUGUGUGUGUGUGUGUGUGUGUGUGUGUGUGUGUGUGUGUGUGUGUGUGUGACCCUUCACCUCUAUAGGGUGAGGUCAUUUUCCAUACGGCAACAUGUCAUGCUUAUUCCAUAGUAUUAAACGUAUACACACACUUACAGCCUUGAACAUAGUCCCACCAGGCUAAACCGUGUAAAUGUUUCCGUCUACAGAUGUUUUCAAUUGACCCUGCCUGACAGGACAGCUAUACACACACACGCACGCACGCACGCACGACAGCUCCACCUCGAUCUGCUGGUGCUGAGGUCUACGUGGUUACUCUGGGUUACUGGGACACAGAACACACACACAUUAACUAUUGAGGUUUGACUUCCAUGUCUCUGAACCUGUCUGGGUUGUUUCAGUGACAUGAUGUUUUAUUAUUAACUCUGACCAUAUUAGAUCAUCUGGAAUGAUUUAGAAUCAUAUUAAACUGAUAAUGAGG